GUUUGCCCUCCUCUUCUUUGUAGCACAAUGGCUGACAAAUCAACCAAGCCAGCAAAACGCUUAUCCACCGAUUCAACCAACUCUCAUGAGGGAGCUACGGCAGGAGAAAUAAGUGCUCUGGAAGAGGCCUUUAGAAAAUUUGCUGUCCAUGGUGAUACAAGAGCCACAGGAAAAGAAAUGCAUGGGAAGAACUGGUCAAAGCUGUGUAAAGACUGUCAUGUGAUAGAUGGGAAGAAUGUAACAACCACAGAUGUUGACAUCGUUUUCAGUAAAAUCAAGAAAACCGUUUCAUCUCCAACUGUAUCACGCCUUACAGAUACUUCAAAAUUCACGGGUUCUCACAAAGAGAGAUUUGAUGCCAGUGGGAAAGGAAAAGGCAGAGCUGGCCGAGAAGAUCUGGUGGAUAACUCAGGAUAUGUAUCUGGUUAUAAGCAUGCAGGCACAUACGAUCAUAAAGUACAAGGAAACAACUCCAGAGGCAAUUAAAAACAGCACAGCUUCCCAGGAGACACAAUCUAGUUUUCUUCCCUGAUGCUACUGUGAGCACAAGACAUUUCAAAGGAACACAUGCAAACAAGAAGGAAAUAAAACUAUCUUCUCAAAA